AUAAGUUCGCAGCGAUUCAACGACGAUGUUAUUGAUCCACCAAUCGCAAUGGUUUGAAAUUAAUUUACAAAUGGCAGCGUCCAUUGGUGCAUGAGUUGUGAAAGCAUUUGCUUCGAGUGGCGUAAUUGCCAGAGUACUAAUUGUUGUUGUUAAGUUUUGAAAUAUUAAUAGUUGGACAUUAUUAUUUAGAGGUAUGGGUAAUGUUAUGGCUGGAAGUCAACCACCAGGUGGUUUAUCGGUACCGGCGCCCAUGCCUCCACCUCCACCUUCUACAGUUGGUUUUCCAAGUUUCAUAAAAACUGAGGGUUCAGGGUCUAAAACAUCAACUGAUGGGACAAGUUCCGAUCAGAAACAGAGCCAGAUAAAUGGACUGGAAAAUCCUGGUUCAAUGGAAGACUUACAUAAAAAGUGUAAAGAUGUGUUCCCUGUUGUAUUUGAAGGUGCAAAGUUAAUGAUUAACAAAGGUCUGAGUAACCAUUUCCAAGUUUCACAUACAAUCAACAUGAGUUCCAUGACACCAUCUGGUUAUCGAUUUGGAGCAACGUAUGUUGGAACAAAACAGAUUUCUCCAAAUGAAGCUUUUCCAGUGUUGUUGGGAGAUAUUGAUCCUAAUGGCAAUUUGAAUGCUCACAUUAUUCACCAGUUUGGGCAACGAAUUAAAACCAAAUUUGUAACACAGAUUCAAAAUAGCAAAUUCACAGCAGCUCAGUUUACCACUGACUAUAAAGGAAAUGAUUAUACUGUGUCCUUAACUGCAGGAAAUACAGAUAUUAUCAAUGAAUCAGGUCUUCUUGUUACACAUUACCUCCAGUCUGUUACACCAAGCAUUGCUUUAGGAGCUGAGCUGGUCUAUCAGUAUGGCCCUACUGUUCCUGGUGGUGAAAUUGCUCUUCUUUCAGCUGCCGCUCGAUAUACAGGGACAGACGCUGUUGUGAGCGGGACGUUAGGAGGAUGUGGGUUGCACCUCUGCUACUAUCAACGAGCAAGUGAGCAGCUGCAGCUUGGAGUUGAGCUUGACACAAAUUUCAGGAUGCAGGAAUCAGUUGCAACUCUAGGUUAUCAAGUUGAACUACCUAAAGCUGACCUGUGCUUCCGAGGAAUGGUAGACUCAAGUUUCACAGUGGGAGCCGUCCUUGAGAAGAAACUUCAGCCAUUGCCAUUUUCCUUUGCACUGAGUGGCAGCAUGAAUCACAACAAGAGUCAGUUCAGACUUGGAUGUGGUUUCAUUAUUGGAUAAUUUUAUUAGAAAGCUGUUGAAUAUUUAGAAACAUUUAAGAAGUUUAUUAAAUGAAUAAAUUUAAAGACCUUGUCAAUAUAACUUGCUAUUUUGUCAUUACUUUCUAAAAUUCAUUGAAAGUUUCAUACACAGCUAACACGCCAUCAAAUUUCCACCAUAUCACACACUGUACUGCCUUGUACUAAUAUUAUAAACAUUAUGGACUGGCUUCUUCAUGACACCACAGCAGGACAGAACUUUGUCUUCCACAACGUCAUUCAUCUAGGAUAAUAAAGCAUAUAUAUGUAUAUGGGUUUAGUUCA